CGCUUGAUAUUGCUUGUGCUUAUGUGCGUUCCUGCAGCGACGUGGUUCGCACCAGUUCAGGCUAAUUUCAUGCAGGCAAUCGCAUGAAACCCAUACGGCUUCGCGGUUCCCGAUGGCAUUCAUCUCGGAAUCCCAAUCUACACUUCCGGAUCUCACGACCCUAUAGACCCUUAUAUUAUGUACCCGCUUCCGCAGCCGAAGAAAUGUGGAUUUGGCAUAGUUAUGCCUUCCACGAGUACGCUGCAUGAUGCAAUCCCUGGCCUGGGUGCGAACUGACCUGUCGAUUUCUGGUCGAUCAGGUAUUACCGUCGUACGUCUUGAUUCCCAUUUUCUUGGAUCCAAAAUAAUUGAGAAACGUAUCGCAUCCCACCAGAUAGAUGCACACUCGAUAUCGAGAGAAUCCGUACAUAUAUGGAAUUGGCUGCUGCCCCACAUCACUUACCGAGCACAUGUCCGACAGCAUGUGUACCUCUCACAUCAAAGCGGGGCCGCUCAAGAUGUCCGUCCCAACCACGCUGCAUCAUGUCAGCACAGUGCUGUGAAAAGCUGGGGAAGCUCCUACUCGUACCCCUCAUUACGAAGCAACAUGCGGAACACGGCCGCGACAACUCGACCAGCCACUCUUUGGUUGGUGUUCAACGACUAUAAAGCAUAGACCCUAAUCUAUCCUUCAACCUAUAUUCAAGUCAUUUUAUUGGAAGUCUUGCUUUUUGAGGGGAUCCAGGCACAAUUGACACCCCGUUAUCCGUUGUAUUCACCGCUUCAAAACAAUGCCUAAACCAGUCAUCAAAGACCUCACUAUCGACAACAUCACCGAAAAUGUGCACUCCAUCAACUCGCAAGCAGACGAUGCCAGGCUCAAAUAUGUUAUGGAGAGGCUAGUCACACACAUGCACGAUUUCGCGCGCGAAACGCGUCUGAGCACUGAUGAAUGGAUGGCGGGAAUAGAGUUCCUCACUGCAGUCGGAAAGAAGUGCACUGAUGUGCGACAGGAAUUCAUCCUUCUAUCGGACACGUUGGGCUUGUCUCUUCUUGUCGAUUCCAUUGAUCACCCUAAACCGCCUGCUUCAACUGAAGGCACGGUUCUUGGUCCCUAUCACACCCACGAUGCGCAAGAUCAAACUAUUGGAACAGGCAUAAGCGCUGACCCAGAUGGCACACCACUCCUCUGUCUCUGCACAGUAAAAUCCACAUCCGGUCAACCCAUCUCGGACGUCAAAAUCGACAUCUGGGAGACAGACAGCAAGGGCUCGUACGACGUGCAGUACGAGGAUUACAACGGCGACAAACCAGACGGACGAGCCGUUAUUCGCAGCGACGCCGACGGCGUGUUCUGGUUCAAAGCUAUCGUUCCCGUGCCUUAUCAAAUCCCGGAUGAUGGCCCUGUGGGGGAGAUGCUUGAGAAAUUGGGGAGACAUCCUUGGAGACCGAGCCAUAUGCAUUUCAUGUUUGAAAAGGAGGGGUUCGAUCAUUUGAUUACCGCGCUGUACCUCCGAGGUGACCCCUACGAAUCUUCGGACGCGGUUUUUGGCGUCAAGGAAUCUCUUGUUGUCGAUUUGGGCACCGUAACCCCUGAACAAGCCAAACAAUAUGGUGUAAAAGAGGGAGCGAAACUACUCGAGUACGACUUCGUCUUGGUGACUGAUGACGAGACAAGAAAGUUAAGGGAUGAGAGGGCUUUAGAGGCUAUGAAGAGGCUGGGAAGAGAGCACAUGGCCAUCAAAGGAGGCUUGUUAGUGCCGGAUGUGGAUUGA